AUUUAAUACAUUUGACACCCAUAUUGCACGAAAGGAGGCACGGGCCGUGAAAGUUUCACAACGAUAUUGUCUUGCAUUUUAUUGUGGAAUCCGCCUAAUGCUUUUGCGACUGACAAUUUUGAAAGAAAUUCAACUAGCAGUUUCAGAGAGGUUGACUGCAUUUCUUUAACAUAAAGAAGUUGGUAAUGUGGCCUAAGUAACCCGUUAUGAAAGCUGGUGGCAGACGAACUUGGUCAAGCGAAUGCCCUUCACUGAGGUUAUUAGAUGAGACGCAACCUGUUAACCAGCAUACUAUGGUUCUCUGCAAUUGUGUUGUUUCUUCUGCACGUAUUAUUAAUGCGUAAACAAGAUGACAAGCAGUUCUCGGGGCUGGUUAGCAAACAUGAAAGAGAGGUCGUCUACUCCACAGUGACAGCGCAUCAAAUGCCAACAGUCACUGCCGAUAAGCAAGAUGCAACUACAAGAACGCUGCCGAAACCAGCAGUGAUGCCAAUAACAGCUUCAUUAGAAAAUCAAUACAAACGUAAAAUUGAGAAACUCAAAAAAGAGGUCGAUAUGUUGAAAAGAAAAGAGAAGCAGUUAAAAAGCCUUGCAAGGAGACUUGCAUCUAAAAUAAAAGGGAAAGAAAGUGGUACAUUGCCAAAAUUGGACCCUAACAUACCAUGGGUAUUUGCUAUUACACCAACAUACGCGAGAUUCACGCAAAAGGCUGAUCUGGUUCGUUUAUCGAGCACGUUACUUCAUGUUACUAAUCUCCAUUGGAUACUGGUAGAGGAUCAUACAUUUAGGACAGACUUAGUAAGCAGAUUGUUGCAUGAGACAGGACUUAGUUUUACUCACUUGAAUUAUCGCACGCCUAUGGAUAUGCAACGGAAAAAGGGAGAGCCAAGAAGAAAGCAUCAUCGAGGUGUCGGCCAAAGGAAUAUUGCGUUGCAGUGGUUAAGAGACAACAUUGAUGCAGAUAAAACACCAGGUGCCGUUUACUUCAUGGAUGACGACAACACGUAUCACACAAGAAUCUUUGAAGAGAUGCGAUGGACAAAAAGGGUAUCGGUGUGGCCAGUUGGUUUAUCCGGCGCCGCAAGAUUUGCUGGACCAGUCGUAAAGAAUGGGAAAGUGGUUGAUUUUCAUACGAACUGGGCCCCAAACCGCACAUUUCCUAUUGAUAUGGCUGGAUUUUCUGUCAAUUUGAAGGUGCUAAUCAAAGACAAGCCAUGGGUUAACUUCAAUGCAACUGCAAGGCGUGGGUAUUUGGAACCAUCGUUCUUGGAGCAGCUAACAACCAAGGAUGAACUCGAGCCAUUAGCCGACAAUUGUACCAAGGUACUUGUUUGGCACACCAGGACAGAAGUUGCUAAGGAGAGUAUACGAGGAGAGCGGCAGUUAAUAAAAUUGGGAAAGCCUUCUGAUUUGACAAUAGAAACUUGAAUAGUUGUUGUAAUUUCAGUUUGUUUUUGUCAAAGGAAAUAUUGUCAAAUAUUGCCCUGUAAGUGGCAUGCACGAAAUUAAGAUUCUUUGAAACCAGUACGCUGAUUUGAUCUUGAACACAAUUGCUUUUAUAUUACAAUUUCGAUCAAAUUAUUGGGCCAUCGAGGGUCUUUAUUCUGUUCCCGAAUGCUAUCACUGACACUCCUUUCUCAAUUAACAAUUUGAUUGUUUAGGUAACAAUCAUUCAAGUCACGCUAAAAUACUCUGCCACAACCUCAUUUAAGGAAAAGAGAGAGGAAAAUAACGAGGAAAUACGAGAGUGGAAAAUUGUAUGUGUUGGUAUUCUUAAACCUUUGACAAAAAUUUUGCGAGAUAUUUAUCUAGCUCUAUGCCAAACUUGAGGGCUACUUUGUAUCAAUUUCGACAGGAACAGGGUAGUUUUGACAGGAGCAGGGGUGUCUUCCAGGGUAUGCAUUUUUUACAAAGUAAAGUAAUCAUCUGGAACUAUAUUUUCAUUUAGAGCAACAUUUUUCUUCAAACUUUUAAUUUUUAGCCUUAGAUAAAUUAUCUUGAAAUUUUAAUUAGCCAAAAGUAGUUACAAGUUAGAAAAAACUAGAUUUUUGCAGAAAAACUAGAUUUUUGCAGAAAAACUAGAUUUUUGCAGAAAAACUAGACUUUUGCAGAAAAGUUUUGGUUCCCUGAUUGACAGUUGAAAGAAAUGUUGUAAUUUUGUUGUAAGUACUAUUCGGCUUUAGUUCUCCGCUCUGCAAUUGAAUUGAGUCGUGUAUUGAAUUGAACCAUAUCGUGUGUCCAACAUACAAUAUUCAGUUAAGAUGUUCUGUUAGUCGCCCGUCCUUUUGGCAGUUAUUAGGAAUAUUAAUCGGCAGUUAUAAACAAUAGUGAUAUAGUUGAUGGAAACUUCCUUGCUGUAACGUAGAACAUUGUAAUUCAAUUUAAUUUUUUGACAUCUUUUUAUCUGUGUCUUAAAAGUAUAGUACAUAUGCUUUCUGUAAGCAUUUUUGAUAUCGACAUUAUGAAAUUCACAUUUGUUUAUUGUUCUUGUAAUCUUAAGCAAUGAAAGGGCCUCUCUUUUGACCCAGCAUUUCUUCAUUAGAAUCCCCUUACUCAAACUGACGCAUUCAUUUUCAUAGCAAAUCCCACUCUAGGGCUGCCAUCUUGAAUACGUCCUCUUUCAUGGAUCAACAUGACAAUCGUGUUCUAAUAAACCAAUGUUGAAUCAUCAUCGUGAUUAAUCAACAAUGAUUAAUCAUUCUGAUCACACCCAGUUAAUCCUGCUAGCAAUGCUCAUUUUUUGUCAAGAUGGUGCACAGAAAUCUAGGAUUUAAAAUGUUUGCAACCCGAGAUUCUAACAUUACAAGGCAAGAAAAAGUAUUUGGUGAGCGGGACAACCCUCAGUCCUGUCGUCAACGAGCAGGCCCCUGUAACAAAACGGUUAUUGCGCAUGCACAUUGACGACUGGAAGAAAGGCUGCUUCACGAAUCUGGCGAUUUUCACCCGUUUGUCUCCCUAAUAAAUCUCUUCUGUCGCUUCAAAUAGUAGCAAAGCACGCUUCACUCUAGAAUUACCAAUUUACCUUUAAUAUGAGGGUACCUCUUACAAAAUGUUUUCGACAAAUAAGAAAUUAUUCAAAAUCCUAUGAUAAUCUACCUUGUGCACUCUACCUGAUAAUACGCUGUUUGAUCGAUAAAUUUGUUAUAAAAUGAUACAUGUAGCGGUAGUAGCUCUACCAGAAGAUUAUCCACGCUUUCUUCUCUCUCGUAUAAGGAACCUGUUCUUUCAAACUUUACAAUAUUCACGCUACCAUUGUGUACAGUUCUGACAGCAUCAGAAAAAGACUUGACGGAGUCUUUAAGAAAAUCUUUGCCAGAUAUCAAGCGUAACUUAUUUGGUCGACGAAAUACAGAGCAAUCUGUUGCACCUAUUGUUGGUAGACUUAAAGUUUGUUCUGAAUUAUUUUCUUCAUUUAACUUGAUACCUCUGAUUGAAUUGGAAUCAUUCACUGAGGCUUCUUCAUUUGCUGCUCUAGCUGUUAUGCCAUUUGUCUUUUCGAAGGAAUACCGUUCACUUUGAGGAACACAAUAAAUCUGUUCACUGUGAACACCUUGACAACGUUUAGUUGAAUUUGACAGCUGUUCUCCUCUUUCGCAUAUCGCGAGGCUGUCUCCUUCGUAGCGCGUAUUGUUAUAUACACCAGGCCAGUCUGGAUUCAAGAAUUCGUCUGGACAGGGUGGCUGGUUUAUUGUAAGGCCUGGCUGCUGUAUUCGCUCUAUAACCUGCACCACAUUUAUACCCAUAAUGUCAACAAACGUUUCGAGUCGCAUAGAUGAAGAUUUUUCUGAUUCUAAGCAUUUCAACCUUCCUUGGAUAAAAUUCUUUUGACGUCUUCCUGCUAACUGGAAAUGCUCUCCCUUUGUUUAAUCACAUUGUGCGUUGAAAAGGAAUCUAUUCGAACAAUAACUAGAACACCUACUUCGAAAUCGUACGUCAACACGGGUACCUCAAUUAUCAAAUCGAGGGAUUUCGUAUUCUGUUGUGUUGCAUUAUAUUGUAUUGCACGAUUUAAUUGAUGUUAGUUGUUACAAAAGUGCAUAAAAAAUAAUUCAAACAUGAAUGGGGCAAUUCGUUUAUUCCAAAAAGAAAGUUAUUCCGAGUCAAAUACAAAAAUAAUCCGCAUCUAGAAAAACCACAUUUUUAGGAACUUCAUUCCUUUUUAAAUCAAUCCUUUUUAAUCAAUAAAAUGAUUUUUAUUAAAAUUCAACCUACCAUUGUCACAAUUUUGAUAUUCAUUAUAGUCAUUUUCAAAAAUGUUAAAAAUGUAAUUUCGAAAUUUUGCUAGAUGUUGCAGAAAUCUCCCAAUACUGACACGAGAAUGACUGACCUUCUUAUUGUGUAUGUGACUCAAACGUCGAGCUAGCAAGCUAUUGCACAAAGCGUUUCUUAAUUUUUCCAACAAAUUUGUUUCACGACUCUGUAGCUUACCAACACCUAUUUAAGUGAAAUUUUUAAUAGAUAGUAUGCUGAAGAUGAUCACUAUCGUAGCAUGAUGUUUAAAAUACUAGUUGGAUCUCCGUUUUCUUUUACUUAGAUCGAUUUUAUUUGUCCUAUCAGAGAGGUUGAUGAAAAAUUUUCUUGCUUACUAAUUCCCAAAAAACGUUGCACAAUCUAGAAAUCAUUAAGACAAAUGAGAAAUUUAUCGAACCAACAAAACAAUAAAUUGAUACCUCAAGGAUUGAAUGGUAUUAAGCAAGAAAGAUAAGAAGUAAAAAAUGGGAAAGAAAAAGGGGGAAGAAAAGAAGCUGGAAGAAUAUUGAAAAAUGAUAAUUAGAAAAAAGAACAAAAGAAGCAAGGAAGGUAGAAAGGGCACAAAGAGAGUGGAGGGGUAGGGAAAUGUUAAAAUCGGGCAAAUGUCUUUCUCGUGAAAACUUGAUUUUUGACACCCUGCUUCAAAGUUUGCCAUAAAGGGAAAAAAGAUCUUUGCUUGUUUGCUUGUUUUCUGUGUGUAAAGCGAUAGGUACGCAAGUACUCCGUUGAAUGUUUCUGUGUUUUCAUGCCAUCGCAAAAAGGUUUGUAGUACGAAUGGCUUAGGCAAAGCACGAAGACCAGGUCUAAUGUAAGCACAUAAACAGACUGUAUCACAGGGAAUUAGAGAAAUGAAAAUCAAUUAAGAAGAAACGGAGGAACGUGAAUUGAAACGGAUUGAAGAAACGAAAAGUAGAGAGGGAAAA